AUGGCCCAGUUACCAGUACCUCCCAAGCUCAAGGAGAGUCUAGCGAAUUCGAAAUGCGAGUACCGCCAGCUUGGAAAGAGUGGCCUUCGCGUCUCGGUGCCAAUUUUUGGCUGCAUGAGCUUUGGUGAUCCAAGGACUCUUCCGUGGGCGAUUGGUGAGGCGGAGGCCCUGCCACUUCUGAAAAAGGCCUACGAUGAGGGUUUGAAUACAUGGGACACCGCCAACGUCUACUCGAAUGGGGUAAGCGAGGAAAUCAUUGGAAAGGCCCUGAAAAGCUUUGGCAUUCCGCGACAUAAGAUUGUCAUUCUCAGCAAAUGCUACGGCGCCGUCGCAGAAGACCCCGAAGGCCGCUAUGUUAUGCAGAGGGACCUCUUCCAAGCGUCCAAGGACUACCAGAACCAGUUUGGUCUAGGGCGAUCUGCCAUAUUCAACCAGGUCGAGGCUUCACUGAAGCGUCUCGACACUCCGUACAUUGAUCUGCUCCAAAUCCACCGCUUUGAUGCCACAGUACCAAUCGAGGAGACCAUGAAAGCCCUUCAUGACCUUGUACAGAGCGGCAAGGUCCGUUAUAUCGGUGCCUCCAGCAUGUGGGCAUAUCAGUUCGCGCAGCUUCAGUUUUGCGCUGAGAAAAAUGGGUGGACGAAAUUCAUAAGUAUGCAGAACCACUACAAUCUUCUGUACCGUGAAGAAGAGCGUGAAAUGAACAAAUUCUGCGACGACACCGGUGUUGGUCUCAUCCCAUGGGCACCUUUGUGCCGUGGCCACCUUGCACGACGGCCCGACGAGUUCGGUUCAACAGAACGCAGCAAGGGGGAGAAAGCCAAUUCAGAAAUUCCUGAGACGGAUUUGGCAAUCAUUAAGAGGGUCAUUGAGACUGCGGAAAAGAAAGACUGGCCAAUGGCGCAUGUGUCCUUGGCUUGGAUCAAUGCCAAAGUCACCAGCCCAAUCAUUGGCUUCAGUAAGGUGGAGAGAAUCGACCAGGCUGUCACAGCGAAAGGGAAGGUUCUGACCGAAGAGGAGGUCAAGUACUUAGAGGAGCUCUACGAGCCGAAGAAGAUCUCGGGUCACACAUGA